UCGUGCCCGCGCCACACAGCUGAGCGUCCCGGCGAGCACACGUGCUGGGCCGAGUGGAGUGGCACGCUGGCUCCUGCAGGGAAAAUGGGGAGCGGGCCGCAGUUUAGGAGCAGAGACAGGUGCGAGGCGAACCGUGCCCGGGGAGGGGAGAACCCGGAAAGGAAGUGCAGAGGACUGACCGCGAGCUAGUUGAGCCUUACACAGACCUAGCGCCACCGUAGCCUGUUUUUCCCCUGGAGCACCAAAUACGUCUCAGAUGGCCCCGCCCCCUGUUGGGGGCGUGGCUCAUCUUCAGUGGUUAGCGCUCGGAAAGCGUCAGCGUCCGCCGGAGCCCAACGCAGUGACGCAGUACGUCGACAGCAACCCGACGGCUAUGGAGGCUGAAGAGACGAUGGAAUGCCUUCAGGAGUUUCCUGAACAUCAUAAAAUGAUCCUGGAUCGAUUGAAUGAACAGCGAGAGCAGGACCGCUUUACCGACAUCACCCUGAUUGUGGACGGGCACCAUUUUAAGGCUCAUAAGGCUGUUUUGGCUGCUUGCAGUAAAUUCUUCUACAAAUUCUUUCAAGAGUUUACUCAGGAACCCUUGGUGGAGAUAGAAGGUGUUAGUAAAAUGGCCUUUCGUCAUUUAAUUGAGUUCACAUAUACAGCAAAAUUAAUGAUACAAGGAGAAGAAGAAGCCAACGAUGUAUGGAAAGCAGCAGAGUUUCUACAAAUGCUAGAAGCUAUCAAAGCCCUUGAAGUCAGAAACAAAGAAAAUUCUGCUCCUUUAGAGGAAAAUACAACAGGAAAAAAUGAGGCAAAAAAAAGAAAGAUUGCAGAAACUUCUAAUGUUAUCACUGAGACAUUGCCAUCUGCAGAAUCAGAACCUGUUGAAAUUGAGGUGGAGAUUGCUGAAGGUACAAUUGAAGUGGAAGAUGAAGGCAUUGAAACAUUAGAGGAAGUAGCAUCUGCCAAGCAGACCAUAAAGUACAUUCAGAGCACAGGUUCCUCUGAUGAUUCUGCUCUAGCAUUGUUGGCAGAUAUUACCAGCAAAUACCGUCAAGGUGAUAGAAAAGGGCAAAUUAAAGAAGACGAUGGCUUUGCAUCUGACCCCAUAAGCAAACAGGAACACAUGAAAUCACACUCCACUGAGAGUUUCAAGUGUGAAAUAUGCAAUAAAAGGUAUCUUCGGGAGAGUGCAUGGAAACAACACCUAAAUUGUUACCACCUUGAAGAAGGUGGGGUCAGUAAGAAGCAAAGAACUGGGAAAAAAAUUCACAUAUGUCAGUAUUGUGAGAAACAGUUUGAUCACUUUGGACAUUUUAAAGAGCAUCUUCGAAAACAUACAGAACCAUUGCACUCUGUGUGAUUUGUGGUUUAUGCAAGGAAAUGAAUUCAGGAGGCAUCUGGAUGAAUCUCACAAUAUUUCAGAGCGUCUAGUAACUGAAGAAGUCCUUUCAGUAGAAACACGUGUGCAAACUGAACCAGUGACAUCAAUGACUAUUAUAGAACAGGUUGGGAAGGUGCAUAUGUUACCAUUGCUUCAGGUUCAGGUGGAUUCAGCACAAGUGACUGUGGAACAGGUCCAUCCAGAUCUGCUCCAGGAUGGCCAAGCACAUGAUUCACAUAUUAGUGCGCUUCCAGAGCAGGUCCAAGUGAGCUAUCUAGAAGUGGGUCGAAUUCAGACUGAAGAAGGCACUGAAGUACAUGUGGAGGAGCUGCAUGUUGAACGGGUAAAUCAAAUGCCAGUGGAAGUACAAACUGAGCUUCUAGAAGCAGACUUGGAUCACGUGGCCCCUGAAAUCAUGAGCCAAGAGGAAAGAGAACCUAGCCAAGCAGAUGGUGCUGAGGUUGCCAGGGAAGAUCAUGAAGGUGCUGAAGGUUUAAACAGCAAACUGACAGUGGAUUCCCAAGCUGAAAAGACAGAGAAUGAGGACAGAACAGUUAUGCCAGUUUUAGAAUGAAAUAACAGAUGAAUGUUAUUUUUAAAUUUACAUGUUGGGUUUUGAACUAAGGGCAGUGUGACUGUCCUUAAGCUAACAGACACGUGGACCAAAGUCAAACUAUUUCCUGUUGUGCUGAACUAUUUUCUAUGGAAACAAACUGAUGACCCUCCCCCCAGAUAAUAUCACAGAGGAGGGGUCUUUCUCAUGAAGGGAAGUAUAUUUCUAGAAACUUAAAUGGAUUAUAUUCUUCUUAUAUUGUUGGGUACGAAUGUAUCUAUUUUCAUUGUGGUAAAGGUUCUCCCUCUUCUGUUCCCCA